AUGGCUAAACCAGUAUAUACAGAUGAUCUGAGCACUCAGGUCAUUAAAGUUGAUCGGGAUUCGAUUCACUUUUCACCCGAGGGGAAGCUAUCAGUUACAGAUACAAGCACUGAGAAUGCGUUAAUUAAGGCCGCUAAAAUUUUGCAGCAGCCUGGUGGUGUUGUUGCUUUCCCUACAGAGACAGUUUAUGGAUUAGGUGGUUCUUCACUUUGCACGGAGAGUGUAAAAGCAAUAUAUGCAGCAAAACACAGACCGGCAGAUAAUCCAUUAAUUUCACAUAUUUCAUCUAUCGAGAUGUUAAGGAGUAAGCUUUUAGCCCCGGGCCAGGAGAUACCAGAGGUAUAUAAACCUCUCAUUGAAAAGUUUUGGCCUGGCCCUUUAACAAUUGUGCUUCCGGUUGGGGAUUCAAACAAAAGCCCCAUCUCACCUGCAGUCACAGCACAUGGACCCACAUUCACAGUGAGAAUGCCUGUUCAUCCAAUUGCUCGUGCUCUUAUUUCGAUUAGUGGCAUACCAAUAGCAGCACCAUCUGCAAAUGCAUCAACACGUCCUUCUCCAACUCAGGCAGCCCAUGUUUACCAUGAUCUUAAAGACAGAAUUCCACUUAUUUUAGAUGGGGGUGCAUGUGAUGUUGGCCUUGAAAGCACUGUGGUAGAUGGUACUGUCGAUCCACCAAUGCUUCUUAGACCUGGUGGAGUUCCAAUGGAGAAAAUCAAAGAGGUUGGAGGACCUUUCUGGCAGAAGAUUAUUCAUGUGAAGAAGGUGGCAGGAAAAAAUGAACCAGUGAGGACUCCUGGAAUGAAAUACAGACACUAUUCGCCUACGGCACAGGUUGUGAUGUUCUUAAACAGUGGAAAUGGUACAGAUGCGACCCACAACUAUAUUGCUGAGCAUCGGUUGAAUGGGAAGAAGAUUGCACUUCUUCGUUCUAAGCGGUUUGCGGAGCCGGAAGAUGGAGUUUUCCAAGUUGUGAGAGAUUUGGGCCGUUCAGGAAAAGCUAUACAGAAGAAUAUGUUUGCAGAACUCAGGGAGGUUGAUGAGUUAGGAGUUGAUUACAUAUUUGUUGAAGGUGUUCCGGAGGAUCACGAGGGGUUGGCUAUCAUGAACAGACUGACAAAGGCAUCUAGCGUAAUAGUGGAUGGGGGAAAGGAAACAAUCAGAGGUCGUGAUUAA